AUGAGCCUGACCUCGCGGGUGUUCGGCCUGUUCUCGACAGCGGACUCAGACUCAACUGCGACUCCUGCGGGGGACUCGCCUACCUCAGCAUGGAGUUCGCCCACACAUACCGCAGUGCGAGAUGAAUUAAGUCCCGGCCGAGAUGGCGAUCUCGCACACGAGGAGGAAGAGCCUCGGCCGCCAUAUUUACAUGCAAUGCUGGCUGGCGGAAUUGGAGGAACGUGUGGUGACAUGUUGAUGCACUCUCUCGACACAGUAAAGACACGACAACAAGGCGACCCGACGUUCCCGCCGAAAUACACAUCCAUGGGACAAUCUUAUGCCACAAUCUAUCGUCAAGAAGGUUUCUGCCGCGGGCUAUACGGAGGAGUGACGCCGGCGCUCCUUGGAUCGUUCCCCGGCACGGUGAUUUUCUUCGGAUUCUACGAGUACACCAAGCGUUUGAUGAUCGAUUCCGGUAUCAACCCCAGCGUCGCCUAUCUAUCAGGUGGCUUCUUCGCCGACCUGGCGGCAUCAGUCGUCUACGUUCCAUCCGAGGUUUUGAAAACACGAUUACAGUUACAAGGCCGACAUAACAACCCUCAUUUCAACUCGGGGUAUAACUAUCUCAACAUGAGGGAUGGAUUCCGUCAGAUUGUGCGACAGGAAGGGUUCUCGGCGCUGUUCCACGGCUAUAAGGCUACGAUCUUCCGCGAUCUCCCGUUCUCCGCUCUUCAAUUCGCCUUCUACGAGAAAGAACAGUCGAUGGCUAAAGAAUGGGUUGGAAAGCGAGACAUUGGACUCGGCCUGGAGAUCCUGACAGCCGCCACCGCCGGCGGUAUGGCUGGCGUGAUCACCUGUCCCAUGGAUGUGGUCAAGACUCGCAUUCAAACCCAACAGAACCUCCCAGAACCUCCCUCUGGCUCGGGCACGAAACACAACGUCGAACAUGUGCCCAAAGAAAGCCCCCGACCCCACGCCCCAUCCUCUCACUCUCACCCCUCCCGCAACCACUCUCGACCCAUCUCCACCUCCGGCGCCUCUACGUCCAUCCCACCUCCCGGCACCCCACGACUGGACACGUCCUCAGUGUUCACGGGUCUAAAAAUGAUCUACCGGACCGAAGGGCUGGCGGGGUGGUUCCGCGGCGUGGGCCCCCGCGGAGUGUGGACCAGCAUCCAGAGUGGAACAAUGCUGGUGCUGUACCAGUAUCUGCUCAAGGAACUGGAAAGCCGCCAAAUUCUGGCCGAGCGGCCUUAA